AGGCUGUUGCUCGCUUCAUAACAGUCGGCAUAAGUUAAAAGAAAAGUCGAAUUGAAGCAUCCAACACCAACAUGGGUCUUAAUUAUUCACCAAAUAGCUAGCUUUUAGCUGAAAUUAAUUAAAAUACCUUCCUUUAUUUACCAAAUCCAUUGUGUGUAAAUUAUAAUUAAGUGUAUGUGUCAAUGUCUAGUUAACUAAAUGUUCAAAAUGGCUAAAUUGUGUUGCAGAAAAAAAGUGUGAAUAAAAAAUUAUCAUUUUGCAACGAUGGUUGUCGAAUAAUAAGAACCCCAUCGUUUUUGUCUCAGUUAUAUUCUGUUUACUUUUUAUUUUUUUAUUUGUUUCAUUUAUUAUUUAAUCCUGUCUUAAGUGUGAAUCAUUUUCUGUUUAUUUAAUUUUUUUGUGGUGAAAAAAAAAAUGGUGAAAGAGAAACCGAAUUCAAUUAGAAUUUAUGACGAAGAUGGUUUUCGAAGAAGAGCAGCAUGCAUUUGUGUUAGAUCUGAUUCAGAAACUGAGGUACUGUUAGUAACAUCGUCAAGACGCCCAGAGCACUGGAUUGUCCCUGGUGGUGGUGUUGAACCAGAAGAACAACCAAGUGUUACAGCAACAAGGGAAGUGCUUGAAGAAGCUGGUGUAGUAGGUCAACUUGGACGCUGUUUAGGAGUUUUUGAGAAUCGUGAACACAAACAUCGAACCGAAGUAUAUGUCUUACGUGUUACACAAGAAUUAGCUGAAUGGGAGGACUCACGUUCAAUUGGACGUAAACGUCAAUGGUUUAGUAUAGAUGAAGCUUUAGAACGAUUGGCACAGCAUAAACCAAUACAGCGUACAUAUUUACAAAGUUUGCGAAAUACAUCAAAACAAUCGCCGCAAACUCCUUUAUCGCCCACCAACAAUAGCACGGAUCAUGUGGUCUCCACAUGACCUUAUCAAUUAUAAAUUUGACCAAUAAAUUUCAUCUUUUUAAAAAAAGCUCUUAUCUUUUUAUUUUUUGUUUAUUAACACAUAGAGGUACAAAAUAUGUCUUAUAUAAAUAAAAAAUUGUUUCAUAAAAAAACGCCGUGGAUAAAGAUACGAAUUCGUGUCUUUAAAUUAAUGUCUUAAAGAUCCGCUGUGAAGUAUUUUCGUCAAAUGUCACGUACUUUUACGUAUGUACUAAUUCCUUAAAGCUACGGACAGUUGAAUAACAUAACAUGAGAUAUAUGAAAGUUUUUCGAGUUCAAAAAAGGAUUUAAAAUAAUUCAAACCUAAAAUUUUAAAUGUAAACUGUUGAGAGUAUAGGAAAACGCGAUCGAAAUCUAUUAAAAUAAAAAAUUUGAAUGGCUUUUAUUAAGAAUAAAGAGGAAAGUAAAAUAUUUAUUUCCGAUGAAAAUCAUCGUCUGUCUAUUCGCCUAGUUUGCAGCAAGUACUAACAAAAUUCUUUAAAAUAUGGGAAUUAUCAAACAAAACAUUAUUACUACCUUCAUAUAACGACACUCAGGUUCAUUAUACGAUUUUAUUUACAAGUGUUUUUUCCAGUAGAAAUCGGAAUUUCAUUUUCGUGGUUCUAUUCUACUAAUAUUAUUAAUAAGAGAAAUUCAAAUUA